CUCGCGCGCUGCGUGUUUAUACAGCGGCUCGAGCAAACAUGCCACGCGUCUUCUGAGUGGGACAUCGACAGCAAAGUCACAGCCUUCCAUCGGAAUAUUGCCAAGGGGAUAAACCGCACUGUUUGAGGCAUUAUUGAGAAAGUUAAAAGCUCAAUCGCAGAUCAGCGCUGACGCACAGUAAGACACAAUGCAGGAAUCAGAGCCCAGCGUGUGUCAACUACAGCCAAACAUCAUCUCAGUUCGCCUCUUUAAAAGAAAGAUCGGUGGACUGGGCUUUCUGGUCAAGCAGCGGGUGUGCAAACCACCCGUCAUCGUCUCUGACCUCAUCCGGGGAGGAGCGGCGGAGGAAUGUGGGCUGGUCCAAGUGGGCGACAUUGUCCUGGCUGUAAACAACAAGCCGUUGGUCGACAUGAGUUAUGAACGUGCGCUUGAAACCCUGAAGAACGUAUCACCCGAAAGCCACGCUGUCCUGAUCCUCCGUGGACCAGAGGGUUUCACCACUCACCUGGAGACCACUCUGAGCAGUGACGGAAAAACCAAGACGAUUCGGGUCACCAGGCCUGUCAACCUGGCCCAAAGCAGGCCAUGUGAACGCUGCUCGCCCCUCACGCCCAACAUGACCAAAGAGCUCAGGGCGAUAGAAAACCUGUCCUCUUCCUCCACUCCCAGGAAAGAGUCACGGGACGACAAACCCCUGAUUCCCCUGCUGUCCCAGGACUCUCUGCUCAGAGAAGGAGGCCACGCGGGACUUCUCCUCAAUGGGGUGGAGGAUAACAAUGACCUGCUGAAGGAGAUCGAGCCUGUGCUGAAGCUCAUCAAGAACAGCAAAAAAGAGAUUAACGGAGAGGGCCAGAGAGUCAUCGAUAGAAAGGACGCAGAGGUGCAGGUGGAGAGAGACCUUGGUGUGGGAAAUGGACAGAACGCCCAGCUGGCAUCGGAUAACGACAGAGUGUUUGAUGACCUCUGGAGAAAGGACAACAUGCCCACGGUGCUUAACAACCCUUACUCAGAAAGUGACAAGCCACACUCUUAUGAAAGAGUUUCUCCCACUAAGGCUGUACAGAACGGAAGUCCCUCCAAAUGUCCCAGAUUCAUGAAAGUGAAGAAUUGGGAAACGGGAGCCUUAUACAACGAUACUCUACACCACAGCUCCAGUAAGGUGCCAAUCUGCACUGAGCACGUUUGCAUAGGGUCUGUUAUGGUGCCAAACCAGCACGCUCACAAACCAGAUGAAGACAGAAGAAAAGAGGAGCUUCUACCGCUUGCAACAGAUUUCAUUGACCAGUACUACACAUCAAUCAAAAGAUGUGGUUCAAAGGCCCACGUUGACCGGCUAGAAGAAGUCAAAAAAGAAAUCGAAACUUCUGGAACAUAUCAGUUAAAGGACACAGAGCUGAUCUAUGGGGCCAAGCAUGCGUGGAGAAAUGCAGCUCGCUGUGUGGGACGAAUUCAGUGGUCCAAAUUACAGGUGUUUGACGCCCGCGACUGCACAACCGCUCAUGGAAUGUUUAAUUACAUCUGCAACCACAUCAAAUACGCCACCAACAAAGGAAACCUCAGAUCGGCUAUUACCAUCUUCCCCCAGAAGACAGACGGGAAGCAUGACUUCCGGGUGUGGAACAGCCAGCUGAUCCGCUAUGCAGGCUACAAGCAGCCCGAUGGAUCAAUUCUUGGAGAUCCAGCUUCUGUAGAGCUUACAGAGAUCUGUAUGCAGCAAGGAUGGAAAGCUCCAAAAGGCCGGUUUGAUGUUUUGCCCCUUCUUCUCCAAGCCAAUGGGAAUGAUCCAGAGCUUUUUGAGAUCCCUGAUGAUCUUGUACUUGAGGUUCCCAUCAUACAUCCAAAGUUUGAAUGGUUUAAGGAGCUGAAUCUAAAGUGGUACGGCCUUCCUGCUGUCUCAAACAUGCUUUUAGAGAUCGGAGGACUGGAGUUCACCGCAUGUCCCUUCAGCGGCUGGUACAUGGGAACAGAAAUUGGUGUGAGAGACUUCUGCGACAGCUCUCGAUACAAUAUACUCGAGGAAGUAGCUACAAUGAUGGGUCUGGAUACGAGGAAGACUUCGUCCCUGUGGAAGGACCAAGCUCUGGUGGAGAUCAACAUCGCAGUGCUUUAUAGCUACCAGAUGUCAAAGGUUACCAUAGUAGACCAUCACUCUGCCACUGAGUCCUUCAUGAAGCACAUGGAGAAUGAGUACCGAGUGAGAGGAGGCUGUCCGGGUGACUGGGUUUGGAUAGUGCCACCCAUGUCUGGCAGCAUCACACCUGUUUUCCAUCAGGAAAUGCUCAACUAUCGCCUCACACCAUCUUUUGAGUACCAGCCUGACCCGUGGAAUACUCAUGUAUGGAAAGGAGUGAAUGGGACGCCAACAAAGAAAAGAGCGAUUGGAUUCAAGAAACUUGCCAAGGCUGUAAAGUUCUCCGCCAAACUCAUGGGACAAGCCAUGGCCAAGAGAGUUAAAGCCACCAUCUUAUUCGCCACAGAAACUGGGAAGUCGCAAGACUAUGCAAAAACGCUCUGUGAGAUUUUCAAGCAUGCGUUUGAUGCCAAGGUGAUGUCCAUGGAUGAAUACGACACAGUGGAUCUGGAGCACGAGACACUUGUUAUAGUGGUGACAAGCACAUUCGGCAACGGUGACCCUCCUGAAAAUGGAGAGAAAUUUGGUGCUGCACUGAUGGAGAUGAGACAUCCCACCACCAGCGUAGAAGACAGAAAGACGUACAAGGUGCGAUUUAACAGCGUUUCUUCAUAUUCAGACACCCGCAAAUCCUCCAGCGAUGAACCUGAAUCUAAAGCCAACUUCGAGAGCACUGGACCGCUUGCUAAUGUCAGAUUCUCAGUGUUUGGCCUUGGCUCUCGGGCAUACCCACACUUCUGUGCGUUUGCCCACGCAGUGGACACGCUGUUCGAGGAGCUUGGCGGGGAACGAAUCCUGCGCAUGGGGGAAGGAGACGAACUCUGCGGCCAGGAGGAAUCCUUCAGAACGUGGGCUAAGAAGGUCUUUAAGGCUGCAUGUGACGUUUUUUGUGUCGGUGACGAUGUUAACAUCGAGAAAGCAAACGAUUCCCUGAUUAGUAACGAUCGAAGCUGGAAGAAAAGCAAGUUCCGGAUGACAUACACGGCUGAAGCACCAACGCUAACGCAAGCGCUUUACAGCAUCCAUAAGAAGAAAGUUUAUGGGGCCAAAGUCAUGCAGAGACAGAACCUACAAAGUGCCAGAUCAAACCGUUUGACGAUUUUUGUUCGUCUUGAUGCAAACAACCACGAGAGCCUAAAAUACUUGCCUGGAGACCAUUUAGGUGUUUUCCCUGGCAACAAUGAAGAUCUUGUUACCACUCUUAUUGAGAAACUGGAGGAUGCGCCGCCUGUCAAUCAAAUUGUGAAAGUGGAGUUCUUGGAGGAAAGAAACACAGCUCUAGGAGUGAUAAGCAACUGGACGGAUGAGAGUCGUAUUCCACCGUGCACCAUCUAUCAGGCCUUCAAAUACUUUCUGGACAUAACAACCCCUCCUAGUCCUGUACUGUUGCAGCAGUUUGCUCCUCUAGCGACUAACGAGAAACAGAGAAAGAGACUAGAGGUGCUCAGCAAGGGUUUGCAGGAGUACGAGGAGUGGAAGUGGUACAAUAAUCCCACCAUGGUGGAGGUGCUGGAGGAGUUUCCGUCCCUCCAGAUCCCCUCCACCCUGCUCCUGACGCAGCUGCCUCUCCUACAGCCACGCUACUACUCAAUCAGCUCCUCUCCAGACCUCCAUCCUGGAGAGAUCCACCUCACUGUGGCCGUGGUCUCCUAUCGACCUAGAGAUGGAGAAGGGCCUGUUCAUCAUGGAGUUUGUUCUUCGUGGCUCAAUAGCUUGGAUGAAGACGAUACGGUGCCAUGCUUUGUCAGAGGGGCUCCAUCCUUCCGUAUGCCAAAAGACAGCCAGGUUCCUUGCAUUCUGAUUGGUCCUGGCACUGGAAUUGCUCCAUUCAGAGCCUUCUGGCAACAGAGACAGUACGAUGUUGAAAAUAAAGGAAUCAAGGCUUGCCCCAUGAUCUUGGUGUUCGGUUGUCGGCAGUCUCAGAUUGACCACAUUUACAAGGAACAGACCAUCCAGGCCAAGAACAAGGAAGUGUUUAAAGAGCUUUACACCGCAUACUCCAGAGAGCCUGGAAGACCAAAGAAAUACGUUCAGGAUGUACUCCGCGAGCAGCUGUCUGAAACAGUGUACAAGUGUCUAAGAGAAGAAGGAGGGCACAUCUAUGUCUGCGGGGAUGUCACCAUGGCUGGAGAUGUCCUGAAAACCGUCCAGCAGAUCUUUAAACUGCACGGAAACAUGUCUCUGGAGGACGCCGGCUUCUAUAUCAGCAAACUACGGGAUGAGAACCGAUACCACGAGGACAUUUUCGGUGUAACCCUGCGCACUUACGAGGUCACCAACCGUCUGAGGUCAGAGUCCAUCGCGUACAUCGAGGAGAGCAAGAAAGAUAUAGAUGAGGUGUUUUGCUCAUAGUCAUCAUUUUCAGUCCACGUCGCUGAUUUUUGCUCUGGUCAGCCAACCUGAAGCAUGAUGGGACGCUAACCACGAUUUGCGAAAACUGUGCCAAGUUUGUCUGUUCAAAAGCAGUUUCUUCUUUUCUGUUCAUUUGAAAUGGAAUAUUUCUAUUUUCUUUGCUGGGUCUUGUUUGAUGUGCAUCUCUAUUAUCAGAAUCUACAUUAACACAAGUACCUUUCACUUGAAUUUCUGAAAGCACUUUUUUACGUGUCUUUAUGCUUUUGUCCUCGAUCGCACUUAGUCAUGGCCUGCCUUUUUAACGUGUAAGCAAGAUCAGUGGCUUUUUCCUGAUGUGCAGACAUGCAUUGAUAUAUUGACUACACUAUUAAGAGAGCUUGGCUUGUGAGUUUGAGGGUUAUUAUGAACAUUAUGAUCUGUUUCGGUAAAGGUCCAAGUUUCUGUUGAUGCUAAAAAGAGUGGAAAUGUUAGUAUUUACUAGAGGUGAGUCGUCUCUAAAGGAAUCUAACACAGACAGAUAAAUGAACUGACUGGAAAACUGCACAAUUCUCACUGAUUUCACACUGUCCUUGGCCCUAAAAUUGGCCUCAGAUCAUUUUUGUUGUGGAAAAGAAGUCAACAAAUAUUAAUUUGUCAUCUUUCUUUUUCUUCUUCUGCUAAUACCACUGAUUAUAAUAUGUUAUCUUAAAUUAAAUGUUAUGUUUUUAUUUUUAUUAUUAUUACUAUUAUUCAUUCUUUAACUUUUUAAAAGGUCGCCACAGCGGAAUGAAUCUAUUCCAGCAUAUGUUUUACACAGCGGAUGCCCUUCCAGCCACAACCCAGUAUUGGGAAACACCCAUACACACUAAUUCACACACACACUCACACAAUUCACCUAUAGCGCAUGUCUUUGGGCUGUGGUGGAAACCGGAGCACCUGGAGGAAACCCACGCCAACACAGUGGAGAACAUGCAAACUUCACACAGAAGCGCUAACUGACCCUCACCGUGUCGCUCGUUGUUGUUAUUAUUAUUAUUAUUAAUAAUAAUAAUAUUCAUUCAUUCAUUUUCUUUACGGCUUAGUCCAUUUAAUAAUCUGGGGUCACCACAGCGGAAUGAAUCGCCAACUAUUCCAGCAUAUGUUUUACACAGCCCUUCCAGCCGCAACCCAGUAUUGGGAAACACCCAUACACACUAAUUCAUUCAAACACACACACACACACACACACACACACACACACACACACACACACACACACACACACACACAAGUCACCCAUAGCGCAUGUCUUUGGGCUGUGGGGGAAACCGGAGCACCCGGAGGAAACCCACGCCAACAUGGUGGAGAACAUGCAAACUCCACACAGAAACGUCAACUGACCCUCACCGUGUCGCUCAUUAUUAUUAUUAUUAUUAUUAUUAUUAUUAUUAUUAUUAUUAUUAUUAUUAUUAUUAUUAUUAUUAUUAUUAUUAAUAUUCAUUCAUUCGUUCAUUUUCUUUAAGAUUUAUUAAUCAGGGGUCAUCACAGCGGAAUGAACCGCCCAACUUAUCCAGCAUAUGUUUUACACAGCGGAUGCCCUUCCAGCUGCAACCCAUCACUGGGAAACACCCAUACACACUCAUAGACAUACAUACACUACGGACAAUUUAGGUUACCGAAUUUACCUAUAGCGCAUCUCUUUGGGCUUGUGGAGGAAACUCAUGCGAAUGCAGGGAGAACAUGCAAACUCCACACAUAAACGGCAACUGACCCAGCCAAGGCUCGAACCAGCGACCUUCUUGCUGUGAGGCGAUCGUGCUACCCACUGCGCCACCGUGACGCCAAUAAUAUUAAUAACAAUAAUAAUACAUUAAAUAAUUAUAAUAAUAUAAGGUAUGGGCGCAGAUUUUAGAGCACAUUUUUAAGUGAUCUAAUCACUCUUUGCAGAAGAUUAAUAUCACAUUUUCAAUUGCGCUGAUAUUUGGGAAAACAAGACUCUUCUAUAGCUCACCUGUAUCCUCUUCUAAUUGUUCAAACAAGCUUAAACAGGGUUGUUUUUGCCCUAUAUUUUUCGCUUGGUAGUCAUUUGGUUUAAUUGGUGAGACAGUUUUGUUUCAAGCCCCUUUUUGCUAAUACUGCUACUGAUUAGACCUGUACAAAAAACACUCUUUAUAUAUUACCAUUUUAGAAAGGCACACUGGUUACCAAACCAGAAAUGUGGUUAGAAAUCCUGGUAACACAUUACUUAAAGGGGGUGUUCGGAAGACUGUCAUGACAUCUUUAUAAUCAGCAUGUGACGCAUAUCAUGAAUAUGUAUGAAAUUUUAUGCAUGCUUAUGUCAACUGUUAUUAAGUGUCAAAAGCUCAGUUUGUCAUCAUUUUAAAUGCAAAGUUGACAUUGCUUGAGAUGUCUUUAUGACAACUUGGCAUAAAUAAAUCAUUACCAGUCUAUGACAGGUUUAACUUGACAAUACCAAGACAACUUAACUUGUCAUAAAUCUGUCAUAAACAUAAUUGUCAUAAUAAUUGUCUUGUAUAUUUUUCUGAUCACUUUUUUCAAUGGAACAAAGUGAAUUUGUCAAUAAUUUAUCAUUAAAAGUCUCAAUACUACACUGAAAAGUGUUCAUUAUUUAAUUAUUUAAUGACAUUUUAAUGACAGAAUCCAUUUCUACCACAGUAGAUGAGGUUAAUAAAAAUAUCAAUGACACAAUAUAUAAAAUUCAUGAUACAGUUAUAAUGGUCUCAUGACAAAGGUGUAUGAAGUAUUUAUAUCAAGUUGUCAUAAGAGUGACAUCCCAAACAAUGUCAUUUGCAUUUGAAAUGACACAACUGAGUCAAUGAGUCUUAAUGGCAGCUUAAUGCUUCGUUCACACCAGAUGCAGAUCAAUCAUCAAGCAUGAGUGAUUUACAUGUUAAGUCAAUACAAAGACAUGAAUAGACAUCCCACGAAUGAUGCGAUUCGAGCGAGUGAAGCAGCGCAAGUUGAGCAUUUGAUGUGCUUAACGCGAGAAUCGCUCGAGUUGGAAAAUCUGAACUUCAGCGGACAUUCGCGCCACGUUAACCAAUCAUGAGCUUGAUCUUGUAGGCAUGUGAUCAUGACGUUAUGCCUGUUGUUGGUGUCCCAAGGGGAAAUCCUCUUGCAGACACCGCACAACAGCUUACCAAAUUGGGCUUGGCUCAGUCAGAAGCACCGCUGAAAGCCUCCAUCUUCCAGUUAUAGUUUCUGGAGAAGUUGAUGAACUCACAGAGCUGGUGCACCUCUGAAAGGAUCUAGUGGACUCAGACAUGGCGCCGAACGAAUAUACGCUGUUUUUCAACAUUUCUAAAGCACAUAAACACAGCUACUGUAAUCAUAAGGUAAACGCAAAACAAAAAUUUUCAUCUGGAGUUCCUUCACAGGACUCUACUCUUGUGAACAAUCGGGCCCGUGGCUCUCAGCCACCACCCACGCUCGUCACCAGUACCAAGCCGACCAAUCACAGAGCUUGCGCUAUGCGACGUGUAGUUAAAAGUUUUUGAGAGGUGUGCGUCGGCGUGCACUUGACGCAGAAGUAUAAAUCAGCCUUUUCAUGACAGUCUUAUGAACACCCCCUCAAGUAAAACAUUACCGAAAUCCCUCCAAAUGUUUGUCAAAUUUCAAAGGAACUAUUCUGUAAUUUCAGAAAAAUGUUGUUGUUUUUAAUCCCUGAUCUAAACACAUCUAACUGUGAAUAAAUUCAGUGGGAAAAGAAGGAUGAGGUGGUUUUUAAACAUCCUUCGGUGUGCAUUUAUCUCAAGCCAGCUGUAAGAAAGGACAUCUCAGGAGUCUCAGAAAUGUCUCCGCUUUGGUUCUUUUAUAAAAAAAAACAUCCUUGAAACUCUGAUCUUCAGUUUACGGAGUGAAUUGGUGAAACUGAACGAGGUGAUGCACCUGUUCUGCUUUUAUUUAACUUCCUCUAUGUCCCUUUCUCCCAUUAUUUUCUGAGACUCGGCUCAGAUGACCCGUUGAAUUAAAGCGGAGGCCUGGAUUUCUUCUUUAGACUGAACAUCAGCCGUCGUAGUUGUUGUUUCAUAUUAAAGGGUAAACGCUUGCAACAAAGAGCAAAAAAAUCACCGCGGCGCAUAGUUCAUUUUUGCAUGCAAUGCCUUUUUCGAUGGCUUUGAAAGGACAGUUUUCUGCCGAUGAAUCCUUUAAGAAAAGUCACUGUUUUGCUUUCUGAUAUGUGUGUUCGGUUAGAUCUUGGCUCGCCUUUUCUUUUCUUUUCUUUUUUGGAUUUGCUUUGAAACUUUUGAGUUAUGAGUGGCCUCCGGCAUGAAAAAUAUUACGUGAGGUAAUUUGAUUUUUGAGGGGCUUUUCUGUCGUCUUUCCGUAGGAGAAUAUUCUCGUUCUUUGUAUGCUGUUAAAACUGAAUGUUCCCCUUCCUGCGUUUGGAUUUUGCACCGUUGAAACUCUGUGACUUACAAAAUAGUCGGGCGGAAAAAAAAAUGAAAAUACAUACACAUGCAUAUAUUUAAAAAGUACAGUAUAUAAUAUGUAUGAGACUUUUUUAAGAAUGUAUUUUGAUUAUGGGUAUUGAUUUGGUUUCGUCCCUCUGAGUUGCUUGUAUUAUUAUGACAUGAAGUAUUAGUUUGGGGGAAGCUGCAGCGUUAUUCUGAAUGCAUGAUGUUAGUCCUGUUUUUUCUCUUAAACUGCACUGUGUCCGUUCAACUGUUGUGAUCACGUCCCGGACGGAGGAGAAGCUUACGGGAUCUGAUUUUUCUCUUUUUUGUGUUUGUUCUUUGCUGCUGCUAAAAGAAAAAAAACAAACUGUUCCAAUCAAUUUCCGCUGUGAAUCUUCUAUCGUCGAAACAUUUGCCAUUUUAAUGCAUAUACUGCAAGAACUUUGCAUCUACUUAAUAAUAAAAAAACAUUUGUAUGUCAA